GCUGGUCUCUGCGCACAAGAAUUUCCACCCCAGACACUCUCUGCGCAUAGCCAAGCACCCUGUCACCAAUCGGCCUGCUGCCACCUGCCUGCGUAACAAUGGGGCAUCUGGUCACUCUCGCAACAUGCUCGCUCAACCAAUGGGCUCUUGACUUCGAGGGCAAUUGCGAACGGAUCAUCGAGAGUAUCCGGAAGGCCAAGGCAGCUGGAGCUACGCUGCGAGUCGGUCCGGAACUGGAGAUUACUGGCUAUGGCUGCUUGGAUGCUUUCAUGGAGGGCGACACCUUCCUGCAUUCGUGGGAGAUGCUUGCACGCAUCAUCGACCACCCCGAUUGCCAGGACAUUGUGGUGGAUGUUGGAAUGCCUGUCCGUCACCGAAAUGUGCGGUACAAUUGCCGUGUGAUCUUCUUCAACCGCAAGAUCAUCUUGAUCCGGCCAAAGAUGUGGCUGGCUAACGAUGGUAACUACCGUGAGAUGAGACACUUCACCCCUUGGCAACGCCCCCAGGAAAUUGAGGACUAUUACCUGGAGCAGAUCGUUGGCAAGAUCACCGGACAAUACAAGGUACCAUUUGGUGAUGCGGUCAUCAGCACCAGAGAUACGUGCCUGGGCUUGGAAACUUGUGAAGAGCUGUUCACUCCCAAUGGUCCUCAUAUUCCCUAUGGUCUGGCAGGCGUUGAGAUCAUAUCGAACUCGUCCGGAAGUCACCACGAACUGAGGAAGCUGGAUACCCGUAUCAACCUCAUCACGCAGGCCACCAAAUUGAGUGGAGGCAUUUAUUUGUAUGCCAACCAGCAAGGCUGUGACGGUGAUCGUUUGUACUACGACGGUUGCGCAAUGAUUGUCGUCAACGGCAACAUUGUGGCUCAGGGUUCUCAGUUCUCUCUUAAUGACGUUGAGGUUGUCACUGCCACCGUUGACAUUGAAGAGGUUCGAACAUACCGUUCCAGCGCGAGUCGUAGCUUGCAGGCCAGCAGACAAACUCCCUUUGUUCGCCUUGAUCUGGACUUCAGAUUGUCCCGAACUGGCGAGCAAGCCGACCCCGGACUUGCCCCAUCUGAGGUCCUGCAACCACGCUACCAUGCGCCGGAGGAAGAGAUUGCGCUUGGUCCGGCUUGCUGGCUGUGGGAUUACCUCCGCCGAAGCGGUGCGGCAGGAUACUUUGUUCCUCUGAGCGGAGGCAUUGACAGCUGUGCUACCGCUAUCAUUGUCCACUCCAUGUGCCGGGAGGUCGUCAAAGCCGUGCAGCAGGGCAACGAACAGGUCAUCAAGGACGUGCGCCGGCUGUGCGCGGAGCCAGAGGGAUCUGCCUGGCUUCCCUCAACCAGCCAGGAAGUCUGCAACCGCAUCUUCCACACCAACUAUAUGGGGACGCAAAACUCCAGCAAGGAGACCCGCGAACGGGCCAAGACCCUCGCCACUGAGAUCGGAUCUUACCAUGUCGACUUCAACUUCGACACCGUCGUCACAGCGAUCACGAACCUGUUCACGGUAGUGACCAACUUCCAGCCCAAAUUCAAGGUCCACGGCGGCAGCUUCGCGGAGAAUCAGGCGCUGCAGAACAUCCAAGCGCGCUUGCGAAUGGUUCUAGCGUAUUUGUUCGCCCAGAUGCUCCCGACGGUGCGCCAGCGGCCGGGCGGCGGUGGGCUGCUUGUGCUUGGCUCUUCCAACGUUGAUGAAUAUCUUCGAGGCUACCUAACCAAAUACGACGCCAGCAGCGCCGACCUGAACCCCAUCGGCUCCAUCAGCAAAGUCGACCUGAAGAAAUUCAUCCACUGGUCGCAAACAGCCUUCGGGCUCCCAAUCCUACACGACUUCCUGCACGCCACGCCAACAGCAGAGCUGGAACCCAUCACGCAGACGUACGUGCAGUCGGACGAGGCCGACAUGGGGGUGACGUACGCGGAGCUCUCGGUGUUCGGACAGCUGCGCAAGGUCGCCAAGCUGGGGCCGUGGUCGAUGUACGAGCGGCUGCUGCACGUGUGGGGCCACGAGCUCAGCCCGCGCGAGGUCUACGAGAAGACGCGCCACUUCUUCUACACGUACAGCAUCAAUCGCCAUAAGAUGACUGUGCUGACGCCCAGUUACCAUGCCGAGGGGUACUCGCCGGACGAUAAUCGGCAUGAUUUGAGGCAGUUUCUUUAUCCCUCGUUUACGUGGGCGUAUAAGAAGAUGGAGGAGAGUGUUAAAUUCUGGGAGGAGAAGGGUUGGACGACCGGGAAGGCGCAGAAGAAGAGCGUUAAGGCGGAUUAAUUGGAUCUCGGAGUAUGUAGACUAGAGGGAGGCCUGGCUCGUCGUACACUGGUAUAAGUACCUCAUGGACAUCGUAGAAGCUACAGCUGUCACCAGA